AUGGUGAAACUGGAUUCAGCCCGGUCAUGGGGAUACGCCAGUCCCCUUAGCAAAAUAAUGUUCCACCUUAACAUCAACAUCGACCCCGGUAUCCUUCUCUCAUCAAGCAGGUUGAUAAGAUCCAAACAUUUCCGGGAGAGUGAGCAGCCGGCCCCCGGCUCUACAAGUGGCCGAAAGAGGAAAUCUACCGCCAAGAAACCGGCCCCGGCAAAAGACAAGUCCGGAGGCAAAGCUAAGGAGAAGAUAGUAUUCAUGGAACCGCCAACGCAGGAUGAGGAAGAAUCGGCUUCCACGUCUGACCGAACCGGCUCACAGAAAACCGAUGAGCAUCCUUCCGAUAGAGAAGGACCGAAUGAAGAAGAACAUUCGGGUACAAGUCCUAACAACACCGGUGCGGCAGGAAGCCUUGAGAACACCGAUGGCGGUGCGGACGCCAGUGAAGAGGAGGAGGCUACCCCUGACGAUGACCAAAAGAUGGCCGCGAUCAUUGUCCGAAAUAUCCUGGAAGAAAUUGAACUGCGAGUUCAAACGGUUGGCGCACUGUACCGGGAAUGGCACGAGUACCGAUGCGACAAAUUUUACAAACACAUUUUACCGGGCCUAACCGAUGAACAAUGCUUCAGAAGGAUGAAGGAGAUAGAUGAAAAUGUCAUAAGCCUCACACACGCUGAAACUCUUAACGAAGCCAGGGACCGAUGCGCCAUUGUGAGACCGCGUGCUCGGUUACAAAAGCUAACCGCACGUAUCCGAAAGCUAAAAGAAAGGUAUGUUGCGGGAACACCGAAGGCUAACUUACAGCUCUUGGUGUUAGAAAAGCUUGAGAUAGCGAAAGGAGAAUUCGCUGAAGAAAUUGAUCGGCUUGAAGCGGUGUACAGACAGCGAGAAAAACCGCACUCUCCAGCUCCUGAGACCAGUAACGGUCAGAACCGAAGUGAAACGCCUCCACCAGAGAAUCCGGACAUAAAUGAAACCGACGAAAGGAUAGAAGCUCCUUUCACCGAGCAACUUGAAACUGAUCAACCUGGGGAGAAAAUCAAGAAAACCGUGCGCCUGGCACUCCUGUUCGCCGAAAAGACGAGGGAUGAUCUCGUAAAGGCAGGGGAUCGGAUCACAGUCAUCGAAAACGAAUACCGGGACGACGUAAUUCUGCACAACGAACAUUAUCAACAAACCGAGGACUUGGAAGAUAAGACCUCAAUGAUAAAAGAUGACAUGGAUCGGUUUGAAAGGGAAACCGAGCAACGAUUCAAAGAGGUCGAUGAGGACCUAGGACGGUCAAGAAAUGAUGUCGGUUCGACACUUGACAGGGUCACAGAUCUAGAAAAGAAGAAUGCAAACCUUGAAGACCGCAACGACAAGCUCGAAGCCGACCUCAAGGCGCUCACCGCACAAGUAGAUGAAUUACUCAAAGCCAAAAUGAAUGCCGAUACAGCGAUUGAGGAGGCAAACGCCCGAGCGGCUAAGGAAGUCCAACAUGCGUUGGACGAAGAAACGCGGAGAACAAAGGAGACACCGCGUCUGACCGACGAAGAAAUAGCCGAGCGCGAACGAAUCACAGCGGCUAAGUAUCCGGGACUUGCGAAGUCCAUAGCAGUUCAAGCGGCCAAAGAUGCAGAGCGGUUAAACGCACAAAAACAAGGGUUCGAAGAAUAUGCCAGAGCUCACAAGAAGAAAAAGACGGCCCCUUCCUCUUCGGUUACGGCAAAACGGAAAAGGAAAACAUCAAAGAAGGCUCAAGUAGCCGGGAUGCUGGAAAGGAUCACUGAAACGAUUAUUGAAAAUCAACCGGACCCGGCUACUCACACCGAAGAUGAGGAUGAAGAGCCUCUGCAGCCGCGGGCUACAAGACAGCGAGUCUCCAAUACGGUUCUAAUCAGCACGGUCAGUCAACCGCAAGCUGGAGGAUCAUCCUCAAGACCGGAUCAACCGAAUAAGAAAACACCGACCAAGAAUAUGAUGGACGGCUUCACGUUUUCCGAAUCAGAAUAG